AUGUCCCGCUCGACAGCUAACUACAAGCGACUUAUUGUGCUUUGUGACGGGACAUGGCAGAAUAUACUGUCGGGCAGUAGAACCGCGUUUCCCACCAACAUCGCCCGCUUCUCAAGAGCACUGAGCCCUGUGGCUGUUGUCAAAGGCGACGAUGGUAAAGAACGCGAAGUCGAGCAAAUCGUCUAUUACCAGCCAGGAGUCGGCACCGGACUCGGUGACAGAUACCGAGGCGGGGCAUAUGGUGCUGGGCUCUCGGCCAACGUUCGCGCCGCAUAUGGGUUCCUUGCACACAACUACGACCCCAAUCCUGGCGAUGAGAUCUUUUUCUUUGGCUUCUCCCGCGGUGCGUACACGGCUCGAGCGAUUGCUGGAAUUGUGAAUUCCUUGGGCCUCUUGACCAAGCGAGGAAUGGACUAUUUCCCGCAGGUGUACGAUGAGUACAGCAGAGACGGCAGUAAGAACCCCAAUUUCGACUUCUCCAGUCAAUUGCGAGCAAAGAUCGGCGAUCAAAUCGUCGAAAGUGCCAAAGAUGCCAUCAAAAUCGUCGGCGUGUGGGAAACGGUGGGGUUUCACGCCGAAGGUAUGCUGGGAGAACAGCUUGAAUUCCACAACACGGAACUCUCGAGCCGAGUUGCCUACGGCUACCAUGCAUUGGCCCUGGACGAACGUCGCAUCCCUUUCGAGCCGACUCUGUGGCAAUGGCCUGAAAACUACAAGGUCAGGAGUGAUGGCAAGGGCCUGCAGGAAAUGAAACAGGUCUGGUUCUCCGGCACUCACAGUGGUGUGGGUGGAGGAGACUAUGACUCUGCCUGUGCCGACAUCAGUCUUGCAUGGAUGCUGGCGCAAUGUAGCAAGGGCAAAAAACUGGCUUUCACUGACGAGGAUCCUCCUCACCCGGACGAUGCUGACGAGUACUACCUCUUGCCUGACCGGGCGAAACCCAAUCCCAACACCAAAUGGACCAAGCUCAAAUCUCGGCCGACAAGUGACCCCAAUGGAACGCUCGUUGGGAGAGCAGCUGAUUUCGUUGGAGGCAUCGCCAGUGAGGAUCGUAAAGCCUUCCCCUUGGAGCGAACCAUGGAACGUAUCCAUCGAUCCAUUCAAGACCGCAACAUGAAAAACUGGCCCUGUGCCAUGCUUGAUGGUCAGCACCAGGGAAAGAGUUGGGAACUGAAGGCGUCCACUCAAUAUGGAAAUGUCUUGGUGGAAGCCGAGCCAGACGAGGUGGCAGAUGGGAUCGAAAACAAAUACAUUGAGAGAAUCCGUCCAGCUCCGCCUUGUAAGGGAGCGGAGCAUUGA